AAAAAAACCAAAUGUUAUUGAAGCAUUACGUGAAACAUGUGAAGCUUCAUAUCCUGCGACAAAUCUUGAUCAACUUUCUGAAGUUGCUAUAGGUGUACUAGCACAUAAAACACCUAUUGUUCGACAAUGUACACAACAAUUUCUUACAAAAUGUUUUGCUAUGGCAACACAAACAACAUUACCUAAAAAAGUUCUUAAAAUCUAUUUACCAGCAUUAGUUAAAAAUACAGGUGAAGCAGAUGCAGGUGUACGUGAUAGUGCAUUUGAAAGUCUUGGUAUGUUAUGGAAAUGUCUUGGUGAAAAACAUAUUCUUCCACAUAUAACAGAGUUAGAUGAACUUAAAUUAAAUAAAAUAAAAGAAUAUGCUGAAAAAUCAAUUUUAUUAAAUGCACGUGGUGAACCACGUUCAUCAGGAACAAGUACAGCUGCUGUAUCAAAAUCUGUUGCUUCUUCUAUAAAUACAGCAACUAUGACAAAGAAAUCAGGAGGUGCAACUAUAGUUAAACCUGAUGUUACAGCCGAUAAAGAUGAAGAAUCAACAAGUUCAGCACCAACAACUAAACCAACAACUGCCGUUAAAAAAAAAUCAACAACAACUAAUAAACCUGCAGCAACAACAAAUGAACCUGUCGAAGAAAAAAAACGCGAACCAAGACCACCAAAGGUAAAUUGUAAUCUUUUCAUAGGUUGUUUUAUUUUUGUUCGAAGUCUUUCUGAUGGUUUUGCAUGUGCGUUGUUUUACUCUUCUUUUUGUUUUUGUUAUUCGAAUAAGACUUACAAAACAUAUACACAUGUGUCUUUGAAUAUAAAUUUUUUUUUCAUUUUUCACUUUUGACAUUAACACUCGUACACCUUUGUGUAUAUGUUUGUACGUUAUUGUAGGCUUCUAUGCUAAUUAAUGAUAGUGUUGUAUCUCAGCCACGGAAAAAUU